CACUGACUCAAAAAUGAACAUUUAUGUUAAGGACUGAUUGUAUAAAGUGAUUAAAACUCCUAGCAUUGCUGUUCAGGUUGAAGAGGAGCCAACAUGAAUAAUGUUAAAAGUGUAUUCAUAUGGAAUGCGGUUUUUACAUUGGCAUUUUUAUUGGAGAAUGGUUACACCACCUGUCCAGAAGGAUUCACAGCAAACGGAAAUGUCUGCUUCCGCUACUAUCUUGACUGCCUAAAUUGGGAAAAUGCUGCUUUUAAGUGUGAGGAAGUGGGCGGAUUUCUGUACAAAAUAGCAGACGACGAAUCGUUUCAGGUUGCUUCACAAAUCGCCCUUAGCAUGUAUCAGGAUAAGGGUCACAUGUGUACCGACUACCGUCAGCUGUGGAUAGGAGCAAAAAGAGGGAAUGAUCAUAUAUUUUAUUGGCACGACAGAACUCCGGCUAAUGAAAACAGAUACUGGGCCAUAGGAAACCCUAGCGACAAUGAUGGUAUUGAAGAUUGCACAUCGUUUUUAGAUGAAUCAAAUGGAAUGAACGACGCGCCAUGUUCUUUCGAGCAAGAAUAUAUAUGCCAAGCAUGCAAACUAAUAGAACAUUGCAUUCUGAUCAGUUGUCCAUUUCCGUCUGCUACUGUGUGUAAGAAAUGUGUCGACAACCGGGUACAUUUCAUUCCUUUCGAUAACGAAAGAGUUUGUGAAAGACUAUGUUCAUGGAACAACCACUACUGUUGGCCUGGAAGCUGUAGCACAUCCGGCCUUACAAAGGAUUGUACUUGCGCAACAGGUUUCAGUAAAAUUUCAAAUGACGGGGAAACCUCUUGUCAACCGAAUAAGAAACCAUCUAUUUUAACAUGUGACACUGUUGCUGUUGGUCCAAACGGUGAAAAGAAGAGAGCAAUGUCAUCAAAUUCUUCAACAGAAUGUCGAUAUUUGCAAGAUAUGUAUGGAAACUAUCAACCUUCAGCGAUUCAGUUUAGUUUCGGCCUUGAAUACAGUAUUGACAGUUCAAGUUCUUUGCCGCCUCCUCCUUAUAUAGUCGAACAAAGAUUUGGAAUAACGGACGCAACAGUAUAUAUCAAACGCAAAUUAGUAUCCAAUUUGCUCACUACAUUAUCAAUACACAGACAACUUACGGACGUAAAUUCAAGCCAGUCUGUGAAGAACACGCAUCACGAUUCACAUAAUCUUACAGUUUCCUCAUCUACAUACACACUAGCAAAUGGCCAGGCAUUGUGUGUGGAAUACGAAGCUAAAGGUGGUGGCUACUUGAAAGCCAAAGAUACGAGAACAAACGCUGAUCUCAGCGCUAAAACUUACCACAAAACUGAAGAACACCGAACAGUCUGCUAUCGCUAUGACAGCCAACCACCUGAACACUGUUCAAAACAGUCCACGUGCAUUUUUGAGCCUUUGAAAAUUAAUAAACUAAUUACACGAUAUACAGUUCACCAUGUUGAGUUUAACGGAUGGAUAGAUCCCGUGCCCCCAGGAGGAGCGUCGAGCACUGCUUCAUCCAUUGAAAUGUACGAAAUUCGUGUUAAUGAGGUUCUGCCAUCGAAAGGAACAUUAAAGGUAGAUUACACAACCAACGUUUUAAGUACAAAGGUAAACCGCACGGUCACAAACAUGGAUCUAAAUCUAACUUCAGACAAACCAAGGCUCUAUUGUUUGACUCUUGAAGUUAAGGAUGUGGCAGAAAAUAUUCGCCAGUGUCGCCGUUUUGUUCUCUACGAUAACAGUUCGUCAAUUCAAAUCUGGAAUGACAAGCCGUUCAGAUUUACAUCAUCGUCACCUGUUACAAAUUACACAUGGCAAACCCAUCAUAGCGAUGUCUGCAUUGACUGGAAAGAUCACUUUUACAACGAUUUCUACAUACAUAAUGAACUUCUGAAUCCUAUUGAGCCCGACCCACAUGGGUUCAUAAUAGGAGCUUACGAGCAAAAAACUGGAGAAAUACCUGUUACUGGGACAUUAAAUGUAUACGGUAUCAUUGCAUACAAUGUUUCGUGGAGCAUGAAUCAUGAUCCAUUCUCUGGAGAGAAACCUGUCCCCUCUUUCACGAAUCAAUCGUUUUGCAAGGAUUUGAAUGUUAAAGACGGAGAUACAUACACACUGAACAUAAAGGCCAUUGAUAUAGCUGGAAAUACCCUUAGCGAUAACCGAACUGUAUUUAUUGAUGGCUCAGUACCACAAAUCAAUAACAUUUGGCUUAAGAAAGAUGGAUACGAAAUGCUUUAUGUACAUAAUAGCACGGACCUUUCCAAGAUGCAAAUGACGUUUAAUGCGUUUGAUCCACAUAGUGGCUUAUCUAAAAUACAUUGGACAUUUGGAAUAGCCGACACAAUGACCGAGCUACUAAGUGAGCACCUUGCUGUGAGGACCAUAAAUGAUUCAUGCUUAACCGCACUGUGUUACUGCCCGGAUAUUGGUGAUUGUGCAUUCUUUAACUACACAGUACCACUCAAUAAACUAAAUGCCAAGCAAAUACACAUUGGCAAUCAUAACAGAAACUACUAUUUUACCAUAAAAGUAACAAACAUGGCUGGGCUUUCAACAAUGGAACACAUUGACGUGCUUGUUGAUGAUUCGCCACCUUCAGAAGGUGUUGUUUAUGAGGGCCCAGAAGAUUCCCCUGACAUUGACUACACAAGUGACGAUUCCAUACUUGUGCACUGGCAUGGUUUUAUAGACCACGAAAGUGGCAUCAAACUUUACAGGGUCGGUUUGUCCGACCGAUGUCUUAGCUCACAAGAUCUAUACAACUUUACAGAAUCACCAAGUGUAUCGAUUCUUAGUGAGCUUCUAUUCUCCGAAGAAUCGGUCCGGAUCCCAACGACUUUUACCGGAAAGCGAUUUGUGACUGUUAUUGCACUUAAUAAUGCUAUGGAACCUUCGAGGCCUGCGUGUUCAGAUGGCAUUACGCGUGAUAUUUCCCCUCCAGAAUUUAGAAAUAUGACUUUACAGCACGGACAAUUAUCAGAAAGCCUAAUAUGUUUGCAUGGCGAAGUAUAUUUAAUGCAGACAAACAUGCAAAGAGCAAAGCUUCAUAAUACGUCCGUUUGCCAGAGUGUUUGUGGUGCUGAUGUUGAAAAACACAACAUUACCGAAAUGUAUCAGAUAGAUGAAAUAAAAGAGAAGGAUGAAGAUAUUUCUUCGUUUCUUUGCGAGCACUUUCCCUUGUAUACAAACGAUACACUGAUCUAUCUUCCGAAUGAUAACGUAUUUAUCACAUGGGUUAUUGAGGAAGGCGGAAGUCAAAUUGAUGAUUUCUUUGUUGGACUAGGCGUAAGUCCUACCGAAAUAGCGAGUCCGUCCAUUAGAGAGUAUCAGUCUACACAAAAGAAAAACUAUUUCAAACGAAUACAUGAAGGCAUAGGUCCGGACGAAAUAUUCUACAUUUUUGUUAAAGUAAUUAAUAAAGCUGGUUUGGAGAACAUUGCAACAAUAGGCCCCGUACUCAUUGAUCAAACACCGCCUUUGAAUAGAACCCUUCAUCAAGUUAUUGUCGAAUCUGAGCACAUUGUAUUUGGAUGGGAUAGCAACACACUAUAUGACGAAGAGCAGACUGCACAAAUCGAUCAAAUAUAUUUCCAGAUUGCACAUAACGGUAUAGCUGCAACACCGUAUCUGGAAUGGCGUCUGGAUACAUCUCCCCCGUGCUCUUUGUACUCUGGUGGAUGCUUUAGAUAUCCCCUACGCCGUUUACAGUUACAAGAUACGGACAAUAAUCUCGAGUUUUACAUUAAGAUGCAUGUCUACAACAAUGCUGGUCAUUAUCUAUCUCUAGCAAGUGAACCAUUUCGUCUACCAGCAAGAUAUCCUCCAGGACAAAUUGUUAUUUUUGAUAUAGAUCCCUCAUUGAAUAACAGUUUUAUUGACGUUAACGCUCAUUUAACGAAGGAAGUGCUUUGUGCAAGAUGGAAAGGUUCCUUAGACGAGAAUUUAACUUUAGAAGCAGGAGUCGGACUUUCUAAUGCUACUGAUGAGGUUGUUAAUUUUCAACUUAUAAGCAACAGCAACUCGUAUUGCAUACACUCAAUUGAUAUCCGACCAAAUGUCAAAUAUGUUUUCUUGUUAAGGUCAUCCGGCACCGGAGGAGUUUCGGUUUCUUUUUCUAAUGGCAUCAUGAUUUUAGACAAAGACGAAUUAACGCAUUCACUGUCCGUCAAUAUUGGGCAUGACUGCUCGAAUCAAAUAGGUAAUACGUACAAUGUUACCUUGGCAAACAACUCAGCGCGUGUGACAAUUAAUGAUCCGCUGCACGUUGGCCAACGCUAUAUCAUCAACACUCCGUACAAAACAGUUGUAACUUCAGACGAUGGUAUUGUUUCCACAGAGGGCAGGGACACUUACAUUAGACCAUUUGUAAAUAGACCGGAACUGGCAAUAAAAGUUGAAGAUUCAACUAUUGUUCGUGACAUUAGGGGUAUUAAGCUUUGUUUAUGCCAAGUGCAGAAUGUUAUUCUUCAGCCAAAAAAGCUUGUUGUUAGCUGGAAGUUUGUCGAUCAAGAUAUUGCUUUUCUUUAUAAAAGCGUUGAACUAGGAUUCAGUGUUGGCGUCAGCGAAAACAAUUCAAUCGCAGGACAGAACAGGACAUUUGUUGUGCCUUAUCAACAACCUAUCGAUACCAACCAUUCCAUUUUAGAGUUUAACUUUCUUACUAACAAGAAGUAUGUUGCUGAGGUAAAGGUUUGUUCAAAACUGGAAUGCACCAAACCGGUACAAUCGAUUGAAUUCUCUAUUGAACGACUUAAUCCAGUUUUGGAGAUAACCGAAGCAUCUUUAUUGCUUGGAGACACGUGUGUCCAUGUCAAAUUACAAUGGUCAAUUGAGGACAAGGAUAUUGGUUUGACAUUCUAUCAAUGGACUUUAGUUCAGGACGUAGAGGGUCGUAAGACACUCCUCCCUUGGAAAUCUAUUACUGAUGACUCUAUCAAUAUAACGGUUGAGGAUUGUGUCGUACUGCCAGUCCAUGGACAUAUUUCUUCAUAUGCUUGUAUUAAAGCAUACUCCGUCAGCGGACAAUUAAUAAGUAGCUGCAAAAAGCUAGCAACGUUAGAUUUUGGAACUUACGAUGCAAAUGCUGUUUACGACUUUGAUACCAGAUCGGAAUCUUGGACGCAAAUUCAAUCGAUAAUUCACAGUUCAAAUGUUGGCGACAUGUAUACUUUUCUACAUGACAACGAGCUUGACUUUGGAACUAGUAAAUUAAGGCCAGCCGCAGCAGUAAUGCACGCGAAUGAACGUUAUGUAUCAUGGUUUUUGAUGACAUCACGACAUGUAACCAAUGAUUGCAACACUGAUGUUUCGUGUUUAAAAGAAAAGGUCACAUCGGACGGUUUUGCUAUUUUCGAAGAAACCGAUUUGUUUCUUGACGCACCUUUCUACCUUUGUGCUUCCUCGAACGCGACGGUUGUUGAAAGAGAGUGGUUUACAGAAUCACUUGACGAAAUUAAGGCUUGCAGUGACGGAUUUAUUUUAGACAACACUGCCCCAAUCCCUGGGAAAAUUGAAAUUCAAAACGUCAAUGGGUAUAUUACUAACAUUGAACAUGCUGUUAUCACAUGGGACACAUUUAUUAAAGAAAAAGGCGCUUCACUUCUUGGAUAUCCAGAGAACAUGCAACAUUACUCUAUCGGCGUUGGCUACAGUCCAAACCGAGACGAUAUUAUUUCGUUUCGUAACACAGGACGAGAAACGGCAGUCAUGUUAUCUCUAGCUGACAUCGCUGAUGGGACUUCAGUUUAUUUUACUGUAAAUGGUUUUGACCAUUUUGGACUUUCGUCAGUGGUUGUUUCCACGGCGUUGGUUACUGACACAUCACCUCCAACGGAGGGAAAAAUUCACCUUGAACAAAAACAUGCAUACUAUAGCAGUGACACAAUAAGCAUACGACUUGUUGGUUUUCAUGAUGAUCACAGCGGAAUUAGUUAUUUCAAUGUCGGAAUCGGAUCAAGCGAUACAAUGGUUGAUACCGUAUCAAUGACAAAGUAUUAUGCAGAUACUUUAAACAUAGAUCUUCAUGAUUCAAAUAUUCUAGAAGGUCAUCAAUACUUCAUUUUGGUGCAGGCAAUCAACAGGGCAGAUAUUCCGAGUUCAAUCGUAUCAAAACAAUUUAUCUUAGAUAGAACACCACCUAUAGGAGGACAUGUUUUGGAUGGAAACUGGGAAAGCAAGGUCGAUCUUGACUUUCAAUCAGACAUAUACACAAUCCAUGCAAACUGGAAGGAUUUCUCAGACAUUGAAAGCGACAUAGACUUUUUCAAUGUAGGACUUGGAACAGAUAAUUACGCUACAGACGUUCAACUGUUAACAAACGUUGGGUUGAAACAAGAUGUUUUAUGGAAUGGUCCAUUUAUUCCGGGAGAGAAAUAUUAUACAACAGUAGAAAGCUGUAAUAAAGCUGGCCUUUGUACACAAAGAUCUUCAGAUGGAAUAAUACUGGACAAUUCCCCACCAAUUAUGGGUCGUGUUCAAUCCGGGUCUAGUAUCCAUCACAGCAGAUAUUUACCAUUAAACACGUCACUGAAAUUACAAUGGGCUGGAUUCGAGGACCCUCAGUCUGAUAUCGAUCAUUUUGAAUUGUGUUUAGGACGUCAGAAAAACAUGUGUGAUAUUGUUCCUUCUUUCAAUGCCCUCCUUCACUCUUAUAUGAUUAAGUCGAAUAUAUCUUUGCCUAUUAAUACGCCUAUUUUUGCAACUGUGUGGGCCUUCAAUGGAGUCGGAAUGAACGUUUCAAGUGCAUCUGAUGCGAUUCUCGUUGACGUUACAGCUCCGUACAACAAAAUAAAACCUUCAAUAAUGCUUGACUAUAACACAGUAAAAGACAAAACCGCUCAAUGGGAAAAGUCAAUUAUCAAAGUGUUUUGGGAGUUUUUAGACGAUGAAAGCCCGAUAUUUAAUCACGAGUUAUCUCUCUUUACCCAUCAUGAAGGACACACGCCAGUUGAAAAAGUACAUCUCGGAUCGGAAAAACACUACACCAUUAACUUAGAUGGAAAGAACUGGCUGAAUAACGGGGACAUAUAUUUUGUUGUUAUUACCAGUUGUAAUGCAGCAGGGCUAUGUUCAACAGAGAGAACAAAUGAUAUUAUUAUCGACUCUACUCCCCCACACCAGGGUGGUUUGAAACCACAAAUGCUUUGGGAAAAUUAUAGAGAUACCAAUGAACUUCAUUCUUAUGUCUUCCUGACUUGGUAUGGAUUCUUCGAUCAGGAAUCUGUGUGA